AUAAAACGCAUGAAUUUUUCUCAGUAAUAAUAAUAAAUACAUAAAGCGAUUGUCCUGUGAAUAAUAUUCACCAUAGUUAUGAUUAUAUAAAUAGUUCAAUACACGAUUGUUUUAACUACAAAUCAGUAUUUAUUUUUCUUGACAGACUUAAUCUGGCAUUCAUACUGAUUGUAUUCUUGGGCAUACUAACAUUUUUGUUAUAAUGGCAGAAAAUAAUGAACUCAUUUAUCAUACAUGUUAUGCCUAUCUAAUACACCAUUUGCCCAUGAAGAAAAAUCUUAGAAUAUUUGAUCGUUCAACAGCUGAAAAUGAAAUUGAAAAGAUUAAAUGUGUAUCACCAGUGCGUUUAUGUCUUAUGUUUACUGAAGAUUGUCUACGCAUAAAACGCUUUGGAAGAAACACAAACCGGUAUAAAUGGCAUACACUAUUUUAUGAACAAAUUCAAUUUUAUUGUUCAACUCAUGAUGAGAAUAAUUUAAUCAUUCUGGGAAUUAUUUCUCCAAGUGGUCGUAAACGUGGUUAUCAAUAUUUAUAUGUUGAAAACAAAGAUGAUCUGCGGAAGGUAGAAGAGACACUUCAUCAGAUAGCUGAACAUCGUUUACAGAUACUAAAACAAGUUCCAGAGAUAAGUCAACUUAAUAUCAGCAAUUCGAAUAAUGUUUGAGAAGUAAAAUAAGAAACCGAUCAGUUAACUUUGGACAAAUUAAAUAAUCCUAAUUCUUUCAAGCAGGUAAAAUAACAAGAGUAGAAACAAUCAAUCUAACUUCUAAGUAAUGUAAAUUGUAAAAAUAUGUUUAGCAUAUUCUGCUUGUCUAGGAAAGUUAUUGAUGACGAAUUUAUGUAUUUUUUAAAGAUG